AUGCUAGUGGAAUCAGAUGUCCGUGAACGGGCCUAUAGGUUCGUGGCCUAUUCAGCUGUCUCAUUGUCGUUAUGUGCGAUAGCAGCGGUCUUUAUCACUUUGCCUAUGGUCAACAAUUACAUAUCCAGUGUUCACAACCGGGUUUAUCACGAAAUGGAGUUUUGUAAAGUAAGUUUUUGCUGAAUUUUUAUGGAUUUUAAUUUCAAAUGACUUUUUUAUUUCAUAAAAUGACUAGCGAAGAGGAGUAGAGAAUUGUUUACGUAUUUUAAAACGUUUAAAAAUUGUCACUUUCUACUGUUUGAGGGAUAACAGUGCUGUGAGAGUACCAAAAAUUAGUAAAAGAAUGUCAUUUCUAGUUAUUUUAAGCAUUUUCAGUCCAUUUUUUAAAGUUUAAAACCUAUUUUAAUGUUUUAGAUGUCAGCAAAAGAAGUUAUGAUGGAGAUGAACCAGUAUCGUGCAGUAGUAAUUCCAAAAGAUGCUCCUACAGCACUGCCAUUCUUUUUACAAAACAAUCAGACCAGGACGAAGAGACAUGCUGUUCAGUGUGAAGGUGGGUUUACUAUGUCAAAUAUUAUGUUAUUCUUAAAAACCUGAGGCACUUGUGAAGUAAAAAUUUAAAUUUUGCCUUACGUACUAUUACAGUACUUUAUAACUCUAAAAUAUAAUUUUUUGUCAGGCUAUUGACUUUUAAACGCCAUUUUUAUGACACUACAAUAGAUGACAUUCUACCAGUGUCUUGGUUAAUAUAUCAAUUACCAGAUUCCUGAAUCGGAUCGUUCAAACAAAAAACCGGCUAAUCCCGAGUUAAGAACGAUCAAACCAGUUCGUUACUGUAUUAACCCAAUUCCCGUUUCUUUUUUUAUUUUUACUUUUCAGGAUGCUGUCUGCCUGGAUUACCCGGACCAGCCGGUCCACCGGGCCGUAACGGAAUCCCUGGCAGACCGGGCGCACCUGGAGCACCUGGGUUCCCUGGAAGGCCACCAGCGUAAGUUAAUUUUUAGUUUUUUAUUUUUAAUAAUAUUUUUAAAAUUUUUUGUUUAACCUAAAGCAAUUUGGCAAAGAUAGCACGUUAUCAUUUAUAUAUUAGGCCUAUAAACUUAUUUUUAAGAUUUUAAGUGCUUAAAUUGAUCUUUUUAGCAUUUGCGAAGCAGUCACCGAGCCCCCAUGCACCCCAUGCCCACCAGGAGAGUCUGGACCACCAGGCCCAACCGGUGAACCAGGCAACCCAGGCCCACCAGGACAUCCAGGCCGUGCCGGAAACGACGGACCUCCAGGCCCACAAGGACCACCAGGACCAAACGGCUCACCAGGUGAACCAGGCCGAGAUGGACCACGCGGUGAUCCAGGACGACCAGCCAUCUCCACUCCAGCUCUACCAGGUGACCCAGGAGCACCAGGCGACCAAGGACCACCAGGACUACCUGGAGAUGCUGGAGAACCAGGAAGACCAGGAUCGGAAGGACAACCUGGACCACCAGGACCAUCGGGACCAUCCGGACAUCCAGGUUUACCAGGUAAACCAGGUGAUGCUGGUCAACAAGGUCACCCUGGUCCUCAAGGCGAGCGUGGUAUUUGCCCCAAGUACUGUGCUUUGGAUGGUGGUAUCUUCUUCGAGGAUGGUACUCGGCGGUAG